AUGCAAAAGCUACAGGGAGUCUACAUCAACAAGCUCACCUUGUCGAACUUCAAUAUCACAGAGUUGCAAGCCUCGUGGUUUGCCAACAGCUCAAUUUUAUCGCUACGCAUAUUUAAUUGCAGUCUACACGACAUCGGGGAAGCAGCCGCACGUGCUAUGACGACCUUGUCAUCUAUGCGGCUGUAUUAUAAUGAACUGCAAAGUGUUCCCCUUGGUUUGACCGCUGCAAAGCGUCUUCAAAGGCUCCUCAUACAGAAUAAUCCCAUCAAGCAUCUUCAAGGAAUGCUUACGUUUUCAAAACUGUGGUUACUGGAUCUCAGCUUCAACAAAAUAGAGACAAUCGACGAGGAAUAUCUGUACGGCUUACCCGAACUUCUCCAUGUGUCUUUGUCACACAAUAAUAUACACAAGUUACCGCCAAACCUUUUCAUGAAAACAAGAUUGCUGAAGGGAGUGGAACUUCAAGUUAACCGCAUUUCUUCUAUGGAAGGAGCGUUCAAUGACCUGCCCCAAUUAGAGAGCCACGGCUAUGGCAUCAGCCACAGCUGGGGUCUGUGCCCUGACGGAGGCUUCGGGGGUCAAGUAGUUGUCACUCCCAUUCCCGGCUGCUUCAGGGUUCUUCUUCUCACCCAGAACAACAUCAGUCAUACGGACACCAUAGCAAGAUCCACGUUGCCAAAAUUGAAGGAACUCGCCCUCGGACAGAAUUGCAUAGAAGUUAUUACCAAGUUUUCAUACCGUAAAUCUCGAAUUAGACGUGUCGACUUGAGCAAUAACGCCGUGACCGAUAUAAUGCCGGGAGCUUUCAAGCUACUCGACCAGCUGACCAAGCUAGACCUAAAAAAUAAUAGCAUUUCGUUCUUAAAUGACUCCUAUUUUGCACAUGAUUCGAUUCUGGAACACAUAGAUGUUUCUAUGAACAGGCUAACGACGCUUUCAAAGGCAUUCAAUCGGACGCGAAAGAUUGAGGUAAUGAAGCUAUCGUUCAACCAGAUUCUGGACAUCAGCGAUGCCUUCAGCGAACUGACAGAGCUCCAGAAAGUGCAUUCCCUCGACUUACGCGGCAAUAAGCUGAAGCGUCUACCGUACUCGCUGGUGACACAACUGAACCUCAGCUCCAUCUGGCUGUCUGGCAACCGCUAUGCCUGCGAUUGCGUGGACUACAGGUUUAGACAGUGGAUUCAAGCUCAUGGCAACGUGGUGAGAACUUUGACAUAG